GGCGCGCACCGGGCAGCUCGCUUGUGUAUUCAAUUGACCUUAUUUACACUCAAUCUGAUCUUGACGAGGUCGAUAAACUUCGCAGUGACAGUGUUUCUCUCAGCGCUAGCUCGCUUCGCAGAGCCGGUUUCGCUUUUGUUUGUUUUUAUGGAACGCUCGCCUCAGCCAAGAACAUGGUGGAAGUUAAGAUCACAGACGACAUUAAAAUCGGAGGCAACAACCCGUGUUUUAUAAUCGCGGAAGUCGGGCAAAAUCAUCAAGGUGACAUUGAGAUUGCAAAACAGUUAAUAAAAGCCGCUAAGGACGCGGGCGCCAGUUGCGUCAAAUUCCAGAAAACAUGUCUCAAAGAGAAAUUCACAAAGAAAUAUUUAGAACGCCCUUACGACACUCCAAAUUCUUGGGGGAAAACGUAUGGUGACCAUAAAAGACAUUUGGAAUUUUCGGAAAGCCAAUACAGGGAGUUGUUCAAAUAUGCGCAAGAGGUUGGCAUUCCGUUUACAGCUUCGGCUAUGGAUAUGGUAUCGUUCGACUUCUUGGUCAACUUGAAAGUGCCAUUCAUUAAAAUUGGAUCAGGAGAUUCGAACAAUUUAUUGUUUCUCAAAUACGCAGCUUCAAAGAAAAUACCGCUAAUCAUAUCAACAGGCAUGGUGGACAAGCAAGCAGUAAAGACUAUAUACGACAUAAUAUCGGCUCAGCACAAACAGUUCUGUUUAUUGCACUGCAUAUCUGCUUAUCCUGUGCCAUAUGAAGAUUGCAAUCUGACUGUACUGCUGGAUUACAAGAACACGUUUGAUGUUCCUGUUGGGUAUUCCGGUCAAGAACUCGGGACUGCUGUAGCUUUGGCUGCUGUUGCUCUAGGUGCCAAGGUAUUGGAGAAACACAUAACUCUGGACAAGACUAUGAAGGGUACAGACCACGUGUGCUCGCUAACGCCAUCAGAGUUCCAACAGCUCGUGAAAGACGUACGAGUCAUCGAAGCUUCGCUUGGCACUCCUGUAAAGAGGGUAGUCACAUCAGAAAUACCAUGCAUCGACAAGCUUCAGAAAUCUUUAGUGAUGGGUAGCACUAAGAACAAAGGGGAGAUUUUGUACCCGGGUGACGUCAAAAUCAAAGUAGCCGAACCAAAAGGCCUGAAUGCCUUGCACUUUGAAGAGGUCAUCUACAAAACUCUCGUCUACGACAAGAAGGAGGACGAACCGCUGUACGAAGGCGAUUUCUGCUAAUUCAGCAUCACUAAUAUACUCAUUAAUUUACCAUGUAACGAAAGGAACAAACAUACAAUGUACCACUAUUGUGAUAUGAAAAAUAAUGCAUAAUAUUUACAAUGCAAUAAUUUUAAUACCUAUAUAGUAUAUCUAUCUGUAUAACUAUGUUUAAUAUAAUGGUAAUUAAUAAAACGUUAACA